GAAAGAAAGAAACUAAAUAGGAUUUGAAAAUGGUAGCUAAAAGUAAAUUAGCAGCAUCACCACUUGCUUUAAAGAAAUUUCAUCCAUUAUUAAAGGAUAGAUAUAUUCAAAAGAGCAAUAUUGGCAGAAUGAAUAAAACAAACAGAAUAACCAACCAUUAUGUUUCUCCAUCUGACAAAAUGAAUGCGUCGCCUUGUUCUAAACAGUUGCUUUAUCAUAAACAAAGAAUAUUUAAAAACAAUGCUAAACAAUUUUCCGGCUUGAAAAGGUUGUUGAAUUUGGAACUCGAAGAUGAUACACCAAAGGAUAGCAAAAUAAUUGAGAUUAUUAAGAAUGAAGACACUUUCAGCGUGUUGGACUCUUUAAAGGCUCUAAAGGUGUCAUGCGAUCCAAAUAAUUCAGAGGAAAUGGAAUCAGAUACGUCAAUUCUCGAGAAUUCAAUGAUUGGAGAAGCCGAGAUGAAAAAUAUAUUGGAAGAAAAGAGUCUAGCUACACCUGCUCAAGCUCGAGAGUAAUAUGAUUGGUUGUUAUUGGUGUAAAUCACCAACUGAAAAAUUGGCUUAGGAACUGUUUUAGGAACUGUUUUAGGAAUUGUUUCAAGAAUUGCUUCAGAAAUUCCUCCAGAAGUUCUGUUUGAUUUGUUUCUUUUAUAUGAAACUGGACCGCAAAUAUGCUGUCGAGCACAAUCGGAUUCUCCUCUGGCUGUUUGAGAGUAAGUCUUGUUGUGUUCUGCCUGGAUUUGCGAUGUUUCUUUGCCAGUGCCUGUCAAGGAGCACGGUAUGCCGGGUAUUUAUUUGCACAUUUAUUUGCGCACUUGCUUGCACACAUGUUUGUGCAGCUACUUGUGCACCAUAUUGUACACUUUAAUAACAGACCUGU